UUCAACGGACUAUAUGUACCUCCCUUUACGCAAGAAUCUGAGAAACUGUGAUCACGUUUCAGCGCAGUACAGACGACGAUCCAAUUUCCAUUUGUGGGUUUAUGUUGAAUUGUUCAAGUCUAAGUCUUUUGUUCAGAACGAGUACUAACAACAGUCGCUAUGUUAAAACAUACGAACAGUGAUGACGAUGAUUGACAGUGAUGACACAAGUGCUGUUUCAGUCCCGUGAGCAACACGGCCACGUUGGUCUCGUCAAUGACAACAGCUAAUCAACACAUCUCGUGUUAAUCCGUCACAAUAGAAUUUCAGAAACAUAUCGCUGCGUUGAUCUAAUAAUUCGUUAUUUCAAUUCAAGGAAAAAAGAGACUAUGGGUGCAUCCGUGUUGUUCAUACCUGUGUUUUUCGCACUGGGGAGUUUGGGCGUGUAUACAUUGUCAGUGAAUUUUCCAGAACACACCGGCGUACACUCAAACAGCUCAGACCUCAAGUUUCCAACUAACUUGGAUGAGUUACAAAGUGUUGCCAACUUCCUCCAUGAGUACAAGAACGAUCACUCCAGCUAUGUCCUCGUCCUCCUCUCCUGUGCAUACCUGUACAAGCAAACCUUCGCAAUUCCAGGAUCAGUGUUCAUGAACCUACUGGCUGGUGCAACACUUAGAACAUUGGUGGGGUUAAUUAUGAGUGCUGUUGUGUUUGCAGAACCUACUGGCUGGUGCUCUGUAUGGACCAUGGGUCAGAUGCCAUACAUAUUCAUCUGUGUGCAGACUGGCUGUAUUCUGUCAGAGAUCAAAUCUCUAGAUGAUAUCUUCACAUUAUGGACGAUGGCCAAGCUGUGUGGAAUAGCCGUUGUGUCCCUCUUGCCAGGAUUUCUCAUAAAGAAGCAUCGUGCCAAGCAAAAAGGAGUAGCAAAUCUUGUGAUAAUUAUGAUAUUAUGA